AUGAGUUUGAAUAAUGAAAAACCAAGCGAACCAAGUUGCAGGUCAUUGAUAAUAAAUGUGCUAUCUUUAUUCGUUGGAAGCUGGGGUUUAUCACAGGCAACUACAUUAAUAUUACCUCCUUCCCUAAAGGAUGCUGGUCAUAAACAAUUUUUGACGAAUAUAUCUGUUGUUGCAACUUUAAUUAGUAAUGUCUGGAACAUCUCCAAUUAUUUCAUUCAAAGAAGUAACCUAAAUAUUAAUUUAUUAAGAGUUUCUAAUUUUAUCAGCAGACAUCUAGUUUUACCAAUUGCAUUAAUUUUGGAAACUGUCGUUCCAAUUGUUUAUUGGCCCUUAAGAUUAUUUGCCAUGAAACUUAUUAUGCAAGGUGUUUCAGAUGGGAAGUCACCUGUUCCACUUUCAGUUGAUUUAUCUAUUCAUUUCUUCCCGUGCAUUUUCUUAUUAUGUGAUCAUUAUUUGUCUGGUACAGGGAACAAAUUUAUGAUCUCAAAUAGGCACGCAUGGUUUCUAGUUAUUAUAUUAGGUAUGGCCUAUUAUAAAUAUUUGGCAUUUUUAAUUAAUCCAUCUAUUGGUCAAAAAUAUCCUUAUCCAUUCUUAGAUGUUGUUGAACCUUAUAAAUCUAUUAUUUUUGUUUGUGUGACAACUGUGGCAUGGAGCUUUUAUGUAUUUUAUCAAAAGUUUGCUCCAUGUUCCAAAUCUGAUGAUAAAUCUAAAAUUACCAAGAAACAAAACUAA